AUGCGGGUGUUUAGCUCCCCACGGGUUACUGGUAUGGUGCUCACUCGUGCCGCGGCACCACUCGUAACGGUUUCUUUGCGUCCGCUAUCGCUAUCGCAGUUGGCAAAGGCGUUCGCUGAGCUAAGUGAAACCGAUGGAGCGCCGAAACCGCCACCUCCAGCAGAUGGAGCGGCAUAUGACGCCGCGUAUCCCGACGUCCGUCGUCACGAACAGGACGCAGCUGGAAGAAAACACGCCACAGAGCCGGAUCCUCAGGUGCGCAAAAACUCAACCGGAGGAGGCGGGUUGCAGACGAAUGGCAACGUUGUUACCUUUUCAACCAUGUACCGUCACUCCCUUUGGGAACUCUCUGGGCCACAGCUUGCCACCCGGAUGGAGGCAGAAUGUAAAGGAAUGCAUCAUGGACACAUGGUACAGUGCCUUGUGGAGGUAUGGCGACGCUUGCGUGAUGCUCCUCCUUCAUCCUUUGUAAUUUCCGUUCCAGAAGCCCGCGGGGGGACGGGUGUGGGUGGUCAUAUUCCCGCACCCACAGGCUCAUUGCCGCUCUUUCGAAGUGACUACUUAUUGGAGUGUGUACUGCGGACUUUGGCGAAGAUCAAUUUGGACAGUAUUCAGCACACCUCCGUCGUCGCUGCUUGUAUGGACGAUACGGUGGGAGAAGUGUGGGUCUCAGAGCUUAGUCAUCUACUGCUUCAGUGGUUAACGGUCCGCGUGGCUUGCUUUAGCCCAUCUAGCAGUGCGACGUUUCUUCACCUUAUCGUUCAGCAAAAGUUAUUCCACGCUGAUGCCGUGCUGGAAACCUUAUGUGAUAAUAUUAGGGUUCACCUAAACAAUAACGCAUUUCAGGGUCCCUCUCAUUUAUCUUUGCGUGCUUCCGCCCCUGGCUCGAACGCAGGAGAGUUGUUCGGCGUGAGUAGCUAUGCUGUGUUACUGGACGCCAUAUCGCGUUGCCAGAUCCGGUUUAUGAGGUUGCUGAAGGCGGAAGUGCCGCUGAUGAAUCGGUACACAACUUCCCCUGGUGUUUCCUCUAUCAAUACUGUAACAGUGGCAGUGGAGAACCUCAAGCACCCCAUUCUAAACGUGUCCCUUUAUGAAACGGUAGUAGGGGGGCUUGUUCGCGGCAUAAGGGAUGGCUCUCUCCACAUCACGCGGCAGGGCUCUCCAGCGACAUUUUUCUUCCUCACGUUGGCUCUGGCCAAGAUCAAAUGGUUUCGAGAUGAUUGUGCGGAGGUGCUCCUUCCACAGCUACAUGAGGCCAUCAAGGCAUUUCCCGGCCAAUUCCUCGGUGUUGUACUAUUUUUAGGACGUCGUGAGGUGAAGGUGUGCGCGGUAGAAACAACUGAGUUACUCUUGCAGACGCUGCUCAAUGCAAUGCGGAAACGCGGCUGCCGCUACGACACUCAGUCAACAUCAUUAAAAAAACGGCACCACAAACUGGAUAGCGCCUCUCUGGUAGCCUCAGGGGUAGUGACAGCGGAGCUAGACUGCCCCGGCACUGAUGCUGGCGCAAUGGAUACCGCAGAAAGCGGUGGGUAUGAUGAUGAUGAUGAUGAUGAGUUGCAGUUGUUCUCCACUCGGACCUGCUCUUCGGAGCCACUGGGAGUUGCUGAGGGGCUACCCGCUGCGGAACGUUCUGCCACAUCUGCGAAGCAGGUCGGCCACUUUACCACUAGUUUCAUUGACAUCGGAACACUCCCGGUGUUUCUUGAGAGCCUCAAUCACAUCGUAUCUAUAACAAUGGAAUAUUGUCGUUGCCAAGGGCAAGCUGCGCGGUGCAGCGCAUUGGAUGCUCAAGCCACAGCUCUGUAUGAGGCAUUGUUAAAUGAUGCGCAUGCUGGCGUGAAGUCACUUAGGUUUCUGAUGGAGCGCCCGGGACUUGUGGAGAAAUUACUUUCUGCCCUGCUUCAAAUACCGCGAGAAAAUGAGCACCCAUUUGUUGUUGAGGUUGCCUACGUCUUUACGAGGCUGGUGGGCGCUCGGCGUGUUAAGGCACAUGACACUGCCACUAGUGAUGGUGUAAAAACAGUUAAUGUUGUGCCCCUCUGGCAACGGCGCGCAGUUGCCCUUGUUGACCUCUUGGUAGGGCGUGAGCUCUUAGCAGCGAACACAUUUACGAUGCCCCAAGAGGUUAUUCAACUCGCCCCUCGGGUUGCUGCUGCUGUGGAGACCGAACGGUUACAGUUGGAGGUGCGAUGGAAUGAUAACCGGCAUGAAAGCGACGGUGCAGCGAAGGAUACAAACAACCGUUCACAAGGGAAACGAAGGAGGGUUGUGAAGCUGUCGAUGGUUUUUUCCAGAUUUGCCUCGGUUGUAAAGUGCAUGAAACAGCAACAGGCAGCUGCACUGUGA